GUAAUAUUUAGAAAGUUUUAAAAGUUUAAGUUUAAUUCAAGUUUUAUAAGUUUUAUAAUGGUUUUUCUUCGCAUUUUUCGCGCCGCACGUACGUAUAAAGUGACAAGUAUGUUAAUUGGAUUUGGAGCCUCGGCAGUUGGUGUAGGUACAGCUUUAGGAUUUUCGUUCGUGACAGCGCGCGAGAGAAAAGUGGACACUUCCAAAUUUAUGGCGGAACCAUUAACAGAAUCUCAGACUCUAGAGAACAGCAUGGACGACAUGAAAAGCAGGAUGGAGGUCAUGAUCCUCGGCGUUCAGGCCGACAUUUGUCGGAAACUUGCAGAAAUCGAUGGGAACGACUUCCAUGUGGAUCGCUGGCUGAGAAACGAAGGUGGCGGUGGAAUAAGCUGUGUUUUGCAAGAUGGAAAGGUGUUUGAGAAGGCUGGUGUAAAUGUUUCUGUUGUUUAUGGCAAUCUGUCACCUGCAGCUGUGGAACAGAUGAAAAGUAGGGGUAAUAAACUUCAAGGAAACAAGUUUCCAUUUUUUGCGGCAGGGAUAAGUUCUGUUAUUCAUCCACGCAAUCCAUUUGUUCCAACCCUUCACUUCAACUACCGCUACUUUGAAGUCCAAGAAGAAAGUGGCAAGAAACACAGUUGGUUUGGUGGUGGAACUGACCUUACACCUUAUUACCUAGAUCAAGAGGAUGUAAAGCAUUUUCAUAGGACUUUGAAGGACUUCUGUGAUAAGCAUGACCCAUCUUAUUAUCCAACAUUCAAGAAGUGGUGUGAUGAUUAUUUUGUUGUGAAGCAUAGAGACGAAUGUCGAGGUGUUGGGGGCAUAUUCUUUGAUGACCUUGACAAACCCUCACAGGAUCAGAUUUUCAAGUUUGUUCAGGCUGGAGCCAAUGCUGUUCUGCCUGGCUAUGUUCCUAUGGUUUUAAAACACAAAGAUGAUCCAUACACUGAAAGUGAACGGCAGUGGCAGUUGUUACGGAGAGGACGAUACGUGGAAUUUAACUUGGUUUAUGACCGUGGCACUAAGUUUGGUCUGUAUACACCUGGUGCUCGCAUAGAAAGCAUUCUGAUGUCACUUCCCCUGGAGGCACGCUGGGAAUACAUGCAUGCACCAGCAAAAGGCAGUAGAGAAGAUGAAUUGCUGCAAGUCCUGCAGACUCCUAGAGACUGGGUUCAAUAGGCAGUAAAUGCAUGUUUGUUUACUCGGGAAGCAACGUUUUGGAGGCAAAUGGUACAACCUUGGUAGACAGUAACUCAAUAACUCCUGGAAGCGAUGGACAUAUACUGGUAACUUUUCCCUAUAACAUCAAGGCAGUAUCCAGUAACCUGUGAACAGGCCCCCACUAUGAGAGCUUUAUUAGAGUGUUUCUCCCUCCCCCCUUUAGUGCCAGAUCUUCAGCAAACCUCCCCUCCCCCCCACUUGUCUCAAAAUAAUCUUCCUCAGGGCGGAGAAAUCCUUCUUGAAGCAUUGUUAAUGAGGCCUGCUCAUGAGCCAAGUAUUUAGUAAACUUAGGUUGAGAACAUACAGAUAUUUGCCAGAGGGUGUUUUCUUGAUUAAACAAUAAAUUCUCUUAACCAUUAAGUAAGCAAAUGCACAGCUGCCUGAAAGGAGAAUUGCCAAUUAGAUCUUAGGAGGUAUCACAAGGAACUAUGGUAAUGAAAAUUCAAAGUGAAAACAAGCCAACUGCCCAGAACUUGGGAAAACAUAUUAAGUGACCAAGUCAGAGUUUGUUUUAGUUUUGAAUCUGAUUGGUUGAGAAAAAGGCAUGAGUUUUCAAGAGCAAUAAAAGCAACAACACAAAACCAAAGCAAUCCAUGGAAAGGUACUGCAGCAGAAAGCUGCAAUAUACCAUUAGUUAAGCUUAGUAUGUGAAUGGGUCUAGUAAGGGGACACUAAGGUCUGGUUAUUUAAACUUAGUUUUAGCAGUUUUUUUUUCAAAUCCUUAAUUUAUGUGAACCAUUUAUCUGAAAUUUUUUUUUUGGAAACAACAUAAAGGGUGCCAAAAGCUAACAGUGAAAGGAAUUUAAUUUUAUUAAAUCAACCCUCUUAUUGAGAAAGCCUUUAAGUUAUCAAAAUCUAGGAUUCACAGUUUUAAAUUUGAAAUGCUGAUAUUUAUAAGAUGAAUAAUUGUCAAUGAUUUUAAUCUUAGAACUGUCAAACAUGAGAUUGAAUAAAUAUUAUUAAACGGUGCACAACUCAUGAAAGAAAUUUCUGGGCCAGUAGCUGAAUAUUUUAUUAAUCAUAAUCCUUAUUUUUGUAACAAUUCCUCAUAACAAUGUUGAACAAUUAGAACUUGAAAUGGCUGGCUGACUUGGCUAAAGCAGAUUGGGAUGUUAUCAAAAAGGCUUUUUUUUUAGUAAUGUCAGGACGGUAGACUUCUAAGACGUUGCUUUGUAGCUUCCCAAGUUGCAGAUGUAACUCCUAACCCUUUACACCAUAACAACAGUGUGUAUAUUCCCCAUGCUGUUCUCCAUAAGGUGCUAACAAAGAAAAUUUGGUUAACAAUCAAGAGUUUCAUUAGUUGGUGAUCAUUUCCCUUAUUCUCGUGACCUUAACGUGUGAUUCAGGUGUGAUACAGUAAGGAGAAAUCAGAUGCCAAUCAUCCUUAUCGUUCAAGGAGAUGAAGCCAAAAUUUCAAGCUCAGAAGGGAGACACUCCCUAUUGGGUAAAAAUGGAACAUUGUUAUUGACCACACGUGAUGUUGAUUGAAAAUAAAA